AUGUCGGACCCCAGCAAACGUGGCAUACUUGUCGGCAUCCCUCACCGCAGAUACGUCUCCUAUCCCACAACUUAUGUCGACAUGGUAAACGCCGCACGUCAUCCCGCGACUCCGAAAGCCGUUGCCGUUACUGUAUGUAUUCUCAUGGAAUUUUUUCCCGGCUGGAAUAUACUUCCCGUACUGAUUCCAACCCAGGGCCAAGAGGUACAGCAAUCAGACGCAACCGAAGCGACCACUAAAUGUUGCAAGACGCUUGAAGACAUGGAGCCCCCUCCGUCUAGCCAAUGCGUGAAGCGUUCUCCGACCCCGCUGGCGGAGUUGCUAUUGACUCCGCCAUCGACGCCGCCAAAGUCGCCUCCAAGCCUCACCGAAGAGGGGAAGCAGCAGCACGAAUCUCGGGACAUGGGCCGUGACAAGCGCGAGAAGGAAGGUGAUGGCAAGAAUACCCGCGGCAUCAAGAGGCGCAAGCUCCAUCAGGACGACAGCCGGAAGGCUGGAGAAGAAGAUGACCAGCCAGGCUUCUUUAGGAACGGGAACGGGAACCUCGAGCUUCCGCUGUGGUAG